UUCAAUCUCGCCCAUUAUGCUCUAUUAAUAGAUGUUGCAGGGGAAUCUUCAAGUGGAACUCCAAGGGGCCUUAUGCUCCACAUGACAGCAGAUGAAAGAAAGGAGGUCAUACCCCUCCAUGGUCAUCUAUCCUCCCAUAUGGAUAAGAUGAUUGACCAUUUCCUAUUGGGGAAGAUCAAGAAUAUCUAUCAUCAUAGUCCAAACAAAUGGGCUUUUGAACUUGGCAAAGCUGUCAAUGAAAACUGGUUCUCAGAGUUUGUACGAGGAAAUGGUCCGAUCUGGAGCUAUAGGUCCAACUGUCAACAGUUCUCUCGCUUCCUUGUUUCAAAAUUAGAGUUUAUUUGGCCACAUGUCAAAGUUGCCGGUGAUGGUAACUACCUCGAACCAAUAAUUGUUGAUUUUAAUAUUAUCUUUUCCACCUCCUCA